ACGUAAAGUAAUGAGUAAAUCAUUGGAAGAACGUCUUCAAACUCAUUCAUCCGCCUUUGACGGGUUGUUAUCGUUGAUACCAGCAAAAUAUUACUAUGACGACGCUACUCAGGACCAGUGGCAACAGCAGAAAAAAUCCAAGAAGGAAAUACAACAGAAUAAGCGGGCUAAGCUAGAUCCUACCUCAAAAGACAAUGCAGAUGACUACACCAACUCCCAUGCCAGUGCUAAGGAUGUGAUGGCAAACAAGGCUAAGGUUGCCAAGAAGGUGACCUUACCAUCUGCCCACAAGUUCAAGCAAGCUGUGAAGGAAGAAGAAGAAGAAGAAGAUGACGAUAGUGAUGUAGAAAUUCCAGAUAUGGAUGUAAGUGAUGGAGAUGAAGAUGAAGAAGAAAAAGAACAACAACAAAAUGAAGCGGAGAACUCUGAAUCAGAACCAUUUAUUAAGGAACAUACUCUGUUAAUAUUCGAUGACGAGGGAAACGAGGUUGUUCCUGAAAUUACAGGCAAAAAUCUGGCCAAUAAAUCCAAUGUAUCACCAGAGGAACAAAAGAAGAAAGAUGAAAAUCUUGCCAAGUUGAGAGCAAAGCUUUCUGACAAGAUCAACAAGUUGAAAGAAAAGCGAAAAGCUCCUGGUACAAAGUUACCAGGUGCACCAAAGUCAAGAGAUCAAAUAUUAGCAGAAAGAAAGAAGAAGGAUGAACUCAAACGUCUUGAAAAACUUAAGAGAAAGAGUGAACAUCUUGAUGAAGAAGAAGAAGAAUCCGACUCUGGCUCCGAAUCAGAGACUGAAACUGCUUCCAAAAAGGAUCAAGUAUUGUUUGGAAAUAUUGUAUUCAACGAUGGAUCUAGAGUCACUUCUGAUUUAAGUAGACUUCGUAAUACUGCUGAAAAGAGAAAGCAAAAGGGCCCAGCUAAUAACGAUCUCAAAGCCCAUCUUUUGAAGCUUGAAGCCAAGAAGCAAAGACUUGCAGACUUGACUCCUGAAGAACAAGCCAAACAAAAGAGUAAGGACCAAUGGCAAAGAGCCUUGGCCCAAGUUGAAGGUGUUAAGGUUAAGGAUGAUGAAAAGCUUUUGAAGAAGGCUAUUAAAUGUAAGGAAAAACAGAAACUUAAGAGUGAAAUCGAAUGGAGAGAACGUAAACAAAUAGUAAAGGAUACUGUUUCAGCCAGAGCGAAGAGAAGAGAAGAAAACUUGAAGUCUAGAAGAGAAAACAAGGGUAAGAAGAGUAAGAACCAACCAAAGCUUAGAAAGUUUACUGGUACCAUCAAUAAGGCAGCUGCAGUUAAGAAGAAGAGAGCAGGUUUUGAAGGAACUGCUAAGUCGAAAAAGAAGUAAGGGAUGAGGUAGUC